GAUCCCUCAGAUCAGCUACGCGUCCACAGCACCUGAACUCAGUGACGACCGGCGCUAUGACUUCUUCUCCCGUGUGGUCCCACCUGAUUCCUUCCAGGCCCAGGCCAUGGUCGACAUCGUGAAGGCCCUGGGCUGGAAUUACGUGUCGACUCUGGCAUCUGAAGGAAGCUAUGGGGAGAAAGGUGUGGAAUCCUUCACGCAGAUCUCCAAAGAGGCAGGGGGGCUCUGCAUCGCCCAGUCCGUGAGAAUACCGCAGGAACGAAAAGACAGAAGCAUCGACUUUGACCGGAUCAUCAGGCAGCUCCUGGACACCCCCAACUCCAGGGCCGUCGUGAUUUUUGCCAACGACGAAGACAUCAAGCAGAUCCUUGCAGCAGCCAAGAGAGCGGACCAAGUGGGCCACUUUCUCUGGGUGGGCUCAGACAGCUGGGGAGCCAAAAUCAACCCACUGCACCAACACGAGGACAUCGCAGAAGGCGCCAUCACCAUUCAGCCCAAGCGAGCGACCGUGGAAGGAUUCGAUGCCUACUUCACAUCCCGCACACUCGAGAACAACAGAAGAAAUGUGUGGUUUGCCGAGUACUGGGAAGAGAACUUUAACUGCAAGUUGACAAUUAGUGGGUCGAAAAAGGAAGACACAGAUCGUAAAUGCACAGGACAGGAGAGAAUCGGGAAGGACUCCAGCUACGAGCAGGAGGGCAAAGUGCAGUUUGUGAUCGACGCGGUCUACGCCAUGGCGCACGCGCUGCACCAGAUGAACAAGGACCUUUGUGCCGAUUUCCGGGGCGUGUGUCCCGAGAUGGAGCAAGCCGGGGGCAAGAAGCUGCUGAAGUACAUCCGUAGUGUUAACUUCAAUGGUAGUGCUGGCACCCCAGUGAUGUUUAACAAGAACGGGGACGCACCAGGCCGUUAUGACAUCUUUCAGUACCAGACAACAAACACCACCAACCCUGGUUACCGUCUGAUUGGGCAGUGGACAGAUGAGCUCCAGCUCAAUAUAGAGGAUAUGCAGUGGGGUAGAGGAGUCCGCGAGAUUCCCCCCUCCGUGUGUACCCUGCCCUGUAAGCCUGGACAGAGGAAGAAAACCCAGAAGGGCACCCCGUGCUGCUGGACCUGUGAGCCCUGUGAUGGCUACCAGUACCAGUUCGAUGAGAUGACCUGCCAGCAUUGCCCUUACGACCAGCGGCCCAAUGAGAAUCGAACUGGCUGCCAGAAUAUCCCCAUCAUCAAGCUGGAGUGGCACUCUCCCUGGGCCGUCAUCCCCGUCUUCCUUGCCAUGCUGGGCAUCAUCGCCACCAUUUUUGUCAUGGCCACCUUCAUCCGUUACAAUGACACGCCCAUCGUCCGAGCCUCUGGCCGGGAACUCAGCUACGUGCUGCUGACAGGCAUCUUUCUUUGCUACAUCAUCACUUUCCUGAUGAUCGCAAAACCGGAUGUGGCAGUGUGCUCUUUCCGGCGAGUUUUCUUGGGCUUGGGUAUGUGCAUCAGUUACGCAGCCCUCUUGACAAAAACCAAUCGGAUCUAUCGCAUCUUUGAGCAGGGCAAGAAGUCAGUCACAGCCCCCAGACUCAUAAGCCCCACGUCUCAGCUGGCAAUCACUUCCAGUUUAAUAUCCGUUCAACUGCUGGGCGUCUUUAUUUGGUUUGGUGUCGAUCCACCCAACAUCAUCAUAGACUAUGACGAACACAAGACCAUGAACCCUGAGCAGGCUAGAGGAGUUCUCAAAUGUGACAUUACGGAUCUCCAAAUCAUUUGUUCCUUGGGCUACAGCAUCCUUCUCAUGGUCACGUGUACUGUGUAUGCCAUCAAGACUCGGGGUGUACCUGAGAACUUUAACGAAGCCAAGCCCAUUGGAUUCACUAUGUACACCACGUGUAUAGUGUGGCUCGCCUUCAUUCCAAUUUUUUUCGGCACUGCUCAGUCGGCAGAAAAGCUCUACAUACAAACCACCACGCUUACAAUCUCCAUGAACCUAAGUGCGUCAGUGGCGCUCGGGAUGCUGUACAUGCCCAAAGUGUACAUCAUCAUUUUCCAUCCUGAACUCAAUGUCCAGAAACGGAAGCGAAGCUUCAAGGCAGUAGUCACAGCGGCCACCAUGUCAUCACGGCUGUCACACAAGCCCAGUGACAGACCCAACGGGGAGGCCAAGACAGAACUCUGUGAAAAUGUAGACCCAAACAGCCCUGCUGCAAAAAAGAAGUAUGUCAGCUACAACCACCUGGUCAUCUAGCCCGUCCCACUCCAUGGAACCGU